UCUCUUUCUCUCCCUGUUUUUUUUUUUAACGUUCAUGAAGAAUAUAUUUGAUUGUGUUGAGUGGUUCAAGUGUUGGAUUGUGUUUGCCCUUUUUGGGUGAAGUUAUAAUUACUUUUCUUGGAGUUUUGAUGAAAGGGUGGGCUUGUUUUUCGGUUAAAAAAGAUGACUAUCGAUGCAAAUCCUACUGUGAAGAUGAUUGCCCAUUUGCGAACUGCCGAAGUUUACACGUGGUCUUCCGCUUCGGACCUUCGGAGCUUCACGCGUGCCGCGAUUUCGUUUUCUCCUCUAUCGCCGGAAGCCGGGCUUCACGCCUACGCCAGCGGAGAGGCGACGUGGCAGUUGUCCGGCGGACUGCAGACGUUGCGAGACUGCGAGCCUGCUGUGAGAACGCCGAGAGAUGAAUCUGAUUGAGGUAAACCGGAGUGAGGAAUUAGCAAGUCAAAAUGAGAAGUGUAUUGCGCAACCAUCCUCAAGCAAUCCAUCUUCUCCCGUUUCUGCUUCUACUGAUGACAUAUUUGGAGAUCCCAUAUUUUCCCCUUGCUUAGGAGAUGAUUACCAGGCGGAAAUUCCAUGCAUAUUGGCCGAGUCACAAGACCUUCAUGCCUUUGAAUUCCCUUCUAAAACUGUGUUAAGCAUCCCAAUAAUGUGGGUUCACAUUGAGGAUAACCAAAAAGAACAAAAAGAUUAUUGCAAGUACACUUCGGUGAGUAGAUGCUCAGCUGAUGGUUUCAGUAGUAACCCCUUGCCUCCUUCAAGUUCAGCAUUAAAAGCUGAAAGAAUUGGAAGUACGUUGGACAGCAACAAAGCAUAUACGUGUCCCACCAAUCAGAUUAAUGCGUGCAAAGGAUGCUGUCCUUUACCUGAAUCUCGAGUUUCUUUAUGGAGUGAGGAUGAGAUCCAGUGCUUUCUUCUUGGUCUAUACAUUUUUGGUAAAAAUCUGGUUCAAGUGAGGAAAUUUAUUGCGUGCAAGGAUAUGAAAGAUGUUUUAUCCUUCUAUUAUGGAAAUUUCUAUCGCUCUGAUGCGUAUCGCAGAUGGGCAGAAUGUAGAAAGUCAAGGAGUAGAAAAUGCAUUCAGGGGCAGCGAAUUUUUACUGGAUGGAGACAACAGGAACUACUAUCACGCAUACAGAUGGGCAGGUCAAAAGAAGUACAAGAUUCUCUGCUAGAGGCCACUAAGGCCUUCCAUGAGGGAAGGUCAUCAUUGGAGGAACUUGUUUUCUCUCUAAAGGCCACAGUUGGCAUUAGUGCUCUGAUAGAAGCUGUUGCCAUUGGUAAGGGCAAGCAAGACCUUACAGGCUUCAUAUUGGAUCCCAACAAAACUAAUCAAGCAAUUCAUUCCCGCACUGAGAUACCCACUGGCAAGGCCUGCUCCUCCCUUGCAUUGACUGACAUUGUCAAAUUUCUAACUGGAGAUUUCAGACUUAGUAAGGCAAAAUCAAAUGAUCUAUUCUGGGAAGCAGUGUGGCCUCGGCUUCUUGCUAGAGGUUGGCAUUCUGAACGUCCCAGGAAUUUUUGUUCCAAAAACACCCUUGUAUUUCUGAUCCCCGACAUACGAAAAUUCUCGAGGAAGCUAGUGAAAGGUGAUCAGUAUUUUGAUUCUGUGACUGAUGUUUUGAGUAAAGUAGCAUCUGAUCCCCAACUCCUUGAGCUAAAAACUGAAGGAGCAGAAGAAAAUGGCAUUGCCAAAGAUGAAAGCCUGACUUCAGUCUCUAAUCACCGGCACCCUUCCUAUCUCCGCCCAAGAUUUGCCAACUGCAAUGCUGAACUCAUGAAAUUUACUGUGGUAGACACUAGUUUGGUUGAUGUUGCAGCUGGUUCAUUUAAGCUGCGGGAGCUGCGCAGCUUACCUAUCGAAGUAGCUGGCCACAAUGAUAUGGAAGAAACUAAUAGUGACAGCUCCUUGGAAAACUCCACUGAUACUUCAUCAAAUGUCAAGGUUUCCUCAGAAGAAGCAUGUAUUCCAACUAGUAUCCAACUCAACCAACCUGAAAAUUUAACUAACGAUUCAAAUCUGGAAGGGGAGAAUAUACAACCAAACAAGAGGAUUCAACAGGACCAGUCUACUUGUUUAGCACCAAUAUUGAAGCGACAAAGACUAAGUGCUUGCAAGCAAGCAAUGAGAAAUGGGUACCAUAAGUUACUAUUUGCAGAGAAGACCGAUUCUGACAUGAAAGCAGUGGAAACUUCAGAGAAAGCAUCAUCUACGACAUCUUUGGGCUCAUCAUUUGAAGAUAGAUUUUACCUAGAAAAGCCUCAACGAGCUCUCUUUGAUUUAAACCAGCCUCAGUUUCCGCUAGACUUUGAUAUGGAGCCCCUCUACCAGAAUGCUGCCAAGCAACAGUAUUUUGAUGGUUCUCAGGUACCUUGGAAUCAAAACAGCAGUGCUGAUGAGGAACCAUCUCGUAAUGGCCGAAGGCAUGGUACUCGGAAUAGGCCACCAACUGCAAAGGCCCUUGAAGCCCUUGCUAGCGGAUUUUUAAGCAUUGGACGAACAGGAAAGGACAUAAAGAGAACUCGGCUGCGUGGCAUGCGAUCAAGAUCUCGCCUGCCUCGUCGGAAAGCUGAAGCCCCGCUGCCUGCAACUGCCGUCUUCACUGCUACAGCUCCCAUUAUUGGUUUUAUAGAUCCUAAUCUCAUAGUCCCUGAAGUUACCUAUCAUGCAAGCUUGUUUGCAGAGCCACAGAUUAAAAAUUAGAGAAAUGAGGCUCAGGAGUUGCUUAGAAUGCUCUAAAUCAUUCCAGGAAAUUAGUCAUGGAGAAUGAUAGGAACUUACCAUUGCCGAAGGUGGCUUCUUUGAUCUGCUUCCUCAUCGGAGGUUCUCUCGGAUUUUGAAGUUGCAAGGAGGCUCAAGAGGAGCUAUUAAAUCUCUGCUCUUCUCAAUUUUAUAUCCUCUUUGAUCUGGUAAGUUGCUCUGGUAACUGUCAUGUUGGCUUCUUUCAAAUUAACGGAACAAAAAAAUAGCCUUAGAAUAAACCAAUUUGUCAAAUUUAAAUUGAUAAUGUCUUUUGAAUGGUUUGUGUACAAAUCAUUCAAUCAUUGUUAUAAGAAAAUAGGUUUUAUGUUGAGGCAUUAGGCAUGUACAAAUCAUCUCACACUUAUUAGGUGGAAGUGACCAAGUGUAUAAUUUGAGCAGCUGUUUCUUUUUGACAAUUUUCUAUUCAUCCACACAAGCUUUGCAUUAGGCCAAGUAUCAAAUGUUGAGAAAAUGAAACUUGAUGUUUUGCUUUUUAUUCUCAUAUUUUAAUGCUCUUU